AUGAAACCAUCUAAACUGCAAGAUCAUCUGAGAAGAUGCCACCCUGAUAAAACUGAGAAAGAUUUGAAAUACUUUCAAACACUCAAAGAUAAAUUUCAGAAGAGACCUACACUGGACAGAAUGUUCGCUUCGACGUCACAAAGAAAUGAUGAUGGUUUGCGGGCGUCUUACAAUAUCUCGUUACUUAUAGCAAAAUCCGGAAAACCGCAUACUAUCGGAGAGCAGUUAAUUUUGCCAGCCGUUGAAGAGGUUUUAAAAACUGUUUUACACAAACCUGCAUCUGAUAUCAUUAAAAGAAUUCCCUUAAGCAACAAUGCUGUUGAAAGACGUAUUGAUGAAAUGAGUUCUGAUAUUGAAAGCUUCUUAUGUAAUUAUUUGCAAACGACCCAUUCCUCUAUACAACUGGACGAGUCAACUUUACCUGAUAAUGCAGCAUUAUUAUUGGCAUAUGUUCGUUGUAUUAUGAAUCAAGAAAUCUACGAAGAACUGCUCUUCGCAAGAACUUUGAUAACCGACACUAAAGGUGAAUCAAUAUUUCAUGUUUUAAAGGAUUAA